UCUCUCUCUUUCCCGACCUUUCAUCCCUGUAAAUUACCUAAAGCCCAACCUCCAAAAUGUUCCUAUUGUAUUCUCUCUCUCUCUCUUCGAGAGAGAUAGGUCUUCUUCUUCUUCUUCUGGUCUUCACUUGUGGCCGGAAUUUGUAACGCUGUUUGAUUCCUGUAAUGCUGUUGUUUUUCUUCUAGUGAAUCUUGGGUUUCAGUUUGAGAUAACCCUAGAAUAGAAGCUACCGUGUUUGUGAAUUGUUUUGUUUCUGGAGGAGGGGGUGGAGGUUGAGGAUUAUGACUACAGCGUUGUUUUUUGUUGUUUGGUUGUAGUUUAUCGGCUUCUUCGUCUAGCUUCUGCUCUUCUGCUGCUUGUUUGUGUGUGUGUGUGUGUGAGUUUUCCAUUUUGGUUUGUAUGGUUUGUCCAUCUCUGUGUUUCUUCGAGGCUGUAUGAUUCUUUCUUAUGCCAUGGAACAACCUGAUGCCAAGGAUUUGAGGGACUCUGCGGGGAAUUCCUCUGCUAAUACACUCUUUGAUGCUUCACGAUAUGAGUUUUUUGGUCAAAAUGUCGUGGGAGAAGUGGAGCUGGGAGGUUUAGAAGAAGAUGAAGACGUUCCUUUAUUUGGAUCUACAGAUGAAGAGUAUCGUCUAUUUGUUCGGGAAGAGAGUGCAGGGUUGGGAUCUUUAUCGGAAAUGGAUGAUUUGACAAGUACUUUUGCGAAGUUGAACAAAGUUGUUACUGGACCAAGACAUCCAGGAGUCAUUGGCGAUCGAGGAUCUGGUUCUUUUUCUCGGGAAAGUUCAUCUGCAACUGAUUGGGCACAAGAUGGAGACUUUUGUAAUUGGUUAGAGCAGCAUGUAUUUGAUUCAGAAUGUGCUCAGGAGGAGAAGAGAUGGUCAUCCCAACCUCAACCAGAUCCGAAACCUUUGUAUAGAACAUCCUCUUACCCUCAGCAACAACCUACACUACAGCACUAUUCUAGUGAACCAAUUCUAGUACCGAAAUCUUCUUUCACAUCCUUCCCUCCUCCAGGAAGUAGGUCUCAACAUGGUUCACCUCGUCACUUACAUAUUUCAUCCCUUGCGGAUGGAAGUCAGUUACCCUUAUCUGCACCAAACAUCACUUCUUUAUCCAAGGCUAAUCUGCAGUUAGCUGGUAUGCAUCAUGGCUUGCAUUAUGGAAGCAACAUGCACCAGUUCACCACUCCCGGCCUUUCUUUUAGUAGCAGGCCACAAAAUCAGUGGAUUAACAACGCUGGUCUAUUACAUGGAGAUCAUUCACAUCUGUUUAAUAGUAUGAUGCAACAGCAACUAUCUCAUCAACAUAGCCUUCUUUCCCCUCAGUUAUUGUCAGCUCAUCAACAGCUGCAACAGCACAGGCUACAUCAUCCAGUUCAACCAUCUUUGGCGCAUUUUGCAGCUCUUCAGUCUCAGCUGUAUAAUGCCCAUUCACCAUCCUCACAUAGAGCAAUGCUUGGAUUGACUGAUGUGAGAGAUCAGAAACCUAAGUCGCAGAGAGGGAAACAUAACAUGCGUUCUUCUCAGCAAGGUUCUGAAACCGGUAGUCAAAAGAGUGAUAGUGGAUCCAUCCAGUUUAGAUCUAAGCAUAUGACAGCUGAUGAGAUUGAGAGUAUUCUGAAGAUGCAGCAUGCUGCCACCCACAGCAAUGAUCCUUACAUAGAUGACUACUAUCACCAGGCUCGUGUUGCCAAAAAAGCUGCUGGUUCAAGAUCGAAAAAUGCAUUUUGUCCAUCUCGAAUAAGAGAGCUGCCAUCCCGAUCUCGUAGUGGUUCAGAUCAGCAUUCUCAAUCCACACCUGAUUCAUUGGGAAAAAUACCCCUCACUUCUAUUCGUAGACCUCGCCCCCUCCUUGAAGUUGAUCUUCCAUCCUCAGGUUCUUGUGAUGGUAGCACUGAACAGACAAUACCUGAGAGGCCUCUGGAGCAGGAACCGAUGCUUGCUGCUAGAAUCGCCAUUGAAGAUGGUCUCUGUCUUCUCCUUGAUAUAGAUGAUAUUGAUAGGCUUUUACAACACAAUAAACCGCAAGAUGGAGGUGUCCAGCUUAGGCGAAGGCGUCAGAUGCUGCUGGAAGGUUUGGCAGCAUCACUUCAGCUUGUUGACCCACUUGGGAAAAGUAGCCAUGGUGUUGGCCCAUCUCCAAAAGAGGACAUUGUGUUCUUGCGUUUGGCCUCUCUUCCCAAAGGUCGAAAGCUUCUUUCUAAAUUUCUCAAGCUGCUCUUCCCUGGUAGCGAGCUUGCACGAAUCGUCUGUAUGGCUAUUUUUCGUCACUUAAGGUUCUUGUUUGGUGGACUUCCAUCUGAUCCUGGAGCAGCUGAGACAACAUCUAAUCUUGCUAAGACUGUUUCUGCCUGUGUUAAUGGUAUGGACCUUCGUGCACUAAGUGCUUGUCUCGUUGCAGUUGUCUGUUCCUCAGAGCAGCCACCACUACGCCCCCUUGGAAGUUCUGCUGGAGAUGGAGCCUCUAUUGUUCUGAAGUCCAUUCUUGAAAGGGCUACUGAACUGUUAACCGAUCCUCAUGCAGUUAGUAACUGUAGCAUGCCUAAUCGUGCUCUCUGGCAGGCAUCCUUUGAUGAAUUCUUCAGUCUCCUUACCAAGUACUGUGUGAGUAAAUAUGAGACAAUAGUGCAGUCAUUAUUUUCACAGACACCAUCAAGCACCGACGUUAUAGGGUCAGAGGCAUCCAGAGCCGUCAGCCGCGAAAUGCCUGUGGAGCUUCUUCGUGCUAGUCUUCCUCACACCAAUGAGCCCCAAAGGAAGCUUUUAAUGGAUUUUGCCCAGCGUUCCAUGCCAGUUGCAGGAUUCAGCGCCCAUGGUGGAAGCAGUGGGCAAAUGAAUUCAGAAUCAGUUAGAGGUUAGGAAUGGAAAUCAUGAUGAAGUACCAGGUAAAUGAUGUUACCAGCAAGAUGGUGAUUUUCUGCAUCGCCUCACCUCCUUCAAGAAGUGUAAACGUUCUCGGUGUUCGAUGAGGCAGGACGCGAUGACCGGUAAGUAGCUGGCCAUAUCACAGGAGUCAGCUUGAGGGGCUUCUACUUUAUCUAUCCAUUUCAGCGUUUUCUUUUAACAUUUCUUAAGGAAAAAAAAAAAAAAGUUCAUCGAAAAAUGCUUAUUCUGUUUAAUAAUAGUCAUGCAUAAAUGUGUAUUAUCAAAAUUCUUAAUGGGGUUGUGACGGGAGCUUUAUUUUGGUGCUCUGUCUUUAACUUGAGGCUGAAAAGUCCAGAAAGUAGGUGUUGUAGAGAGCAGCAGUCAUUCUGAAACUUUCAGGAGUCUUCUCUUUUCCAGACUGAUUUUUCUUCUUUUAUUUGGAAGAUGUAUGUUUGUUCAAA